AUGCAAAUACUUUAUGAACUGUUAAGACUUGCAACCUUAUUUCUCAAAAGAGGGCCCAACAGGAUAGGUGGUCUUUACAAAAAGGCUGUUUACAGACAUUACACAGAUGGGACCUAUUCCACAGAGAUCCCCAAACCUCCCUGGCUUGGAUUCCUGGGCCCUAUUUUGAGGGCUGAAGUGGGUGAUGUGAUUGUCAUCCAUUUGAAGAACUUUGCUUCCCGACCAUACUCUUUGCAUCCACAUGGCGUUUUCUACAACAAAGAUUCAGAAGGAGCCCUAUACCCAGAUGGAACAUCUGGAAGGAAUAAGAAUGAUGAUAUGGUUCCUCCUGGCAAUAACUACACCUAUAUCUGGCCAGUGAGAGAAGAAUAUGCCCCUGCUCCAGCGGACGCCAACUGUCUGACCUGGGUGUACCAUUCGCACAUUGACGCGCCUAAGGACAUCUGCUCUGGGUUAAUCGGCCCCCUGCUGGUAUGCAAGGAAGGUGUCCUGAAUAAAUAUUCCGGGACAAGGACAGAUGUGGACCGAGAAUUCGUUAUAAUGUUUACUCUGGUGGAUGAGAAUCAAAGCUGGUACCUUGAUGAAAAUAUCAGACAUUUCUGCACUGACCCUGAUUCAGUUGACAAAAAAGAUGCUGUUUUCCAGAGAAGUAACAAAAUGCAUGCCCUCAACGGAUACCUCUUUGGAAACCUCCCUGAGCCUGAGAUGUGUGUUGGUGAAUCGGUGUCCUGGCACCUCUAUGGGAUGGGGAAUGAGAUAGACAUCCAUUCCAUCUAUUUUUAUGGCAACACCUUCAUCAGCAGAGGGCAUCGGACUGAUGUCAUCAACCUGUUCCCAGCCACCUUCCUGACAACAGAAAUGGUAGUCGAGAAUCCUGGGAAGUGGAUGAUAACUUGCCAAGUUAGUGAUCACCUACAAGGUAUUUUCAGGCUGUUUUGUUCCACCAUGCACCACUUCGCGAGAGGCAUGAAUCAGAUAUAUGAGGUCAGCAGCUGUGGCAACAAGGACCCGUCUGAGCAGCCAUACGGGAUGAUAAGAACCUUUUACAUCGCCGCUGAAGAGGUAGAAUGGGAUUAUGCCCCUAACAAAAACUGGGAGUUCGAAAAGCAGCACUUGGACUCAGGAAGGGAAAGAUACGGAGAUAUAUUUAUGAACCACACUGAGAACUGGAUUGGCUCUCAGUACAGGAAGGUGAUUUACAGAGAAUACACCGAUGGUGAAUUUGUGGAGAUCAAGGCCCGACCACCACGAGAAAAGCAUCUGGAACUCCUGGGCCCAAUGGUUCAUGCUGAGGUGGGUGACUCCAUACUGAUCAUAUUUAAGAACAAAGCCAAGCGGCCCUACUCCAUCUCAGCCCAUGGUAUUGAAGACAUGGAGAGUGGGAAGCAACUCCAAGCAUCUGUCACAAAGCCAG